AUGUCCGACUCAACCAGCGGCUACUCUGCUGAAUAUCUUGCAGAGAACAAAUCUGCAAACAUUCUGGCGCCGAUGUGGACACUCAGUAUGCUCACAACAAGCAUAGUGAUGGCUCGGAUUUACAUCCGAGUGAAGAUUGUGAAGAAUGUCGGGUUAGAUGACUGGGUAAUAGUGGUCGGAAUGAUCUUUGGCCUUGCAUAUCUAGGCCUCACCACCGCGAAUGUCAUGGUCGGUUAUGGAAGACAUGCCGUCACGCUGGAUCUUCCCCAUCUUGAAAUGGCCGUUUUGCUCAACACCGUCGGAUUUCUUUUUGGCAUUCUCUCAUUCACCAUCCCAAAGAUUGCCGUGGCCAUCAUGCUUAUCCGGAUCCUCAACCCCAGCAGAAUGCACAGAUACUUUGUCAUCGGGCUUGUGAGUUUGGCUCCCUGUGUAGCAAUUACCUGCAUUAUUCUCCUAUUCACCGAGUGCGACCCACCUGCAUCUCAAUGGGACAAGUCGAUACCAAAUGCUACAUGCCGAGAUCCCUGGAUUCUGAUAGACUUUGCCGUUUUUACAGGAGGUUUGUGA